AUUAUUAUUUUGACAAAAAUAAAUUGAUUAGAGCAUGUUUCAUGAAUAUUUACUGAUUAUAACAUCAAAACAUAAGGGAUACUACAAAAAUGUGGAGUAACAGACAUGUUAAUCCAGGAAUAAAGAAAUAAUCGUGCUUCCUUAAAUGUCAACAAAUUAUCUAACAUGAAAUUCGGAGAAAGAACAAUGGCUGUGUCUGUCACACACAAGACAGUGUUUGUCUUAGAUCACAGCCCAGCUUUCCAGCAAUCAUGUAACCAGAGUAUAGAAUAUGAUAUUCUUGCUAAAGGGAAGACACCAGGAAUUAUACCUGCUGCCCCAAUCUUCAAGACUUUAUGGACAUGCUCAGUGGAAGCUAUGAUGGAGUAUAUUAGAAUUGUGUAUGAUAUUUUUCCAACAGACAAGCUGAUUUCUGUGGUAACUGGCUCAAAGUCUUUGAAUUCGUGGAACGAGAAAGAACAAAAUUUGCUGCAGGUGAUGAUUGCUCUCACUGAAGUUGGUGCUCCCACAGACUCUGAUGAGUAUAAUGUAGUUAAUGGAUUGACUCAAGCUGUCGGGGAACUGUGUAAACUUAGUGAGCUACAGUCAAGUCUGAAGAACGAAGAUAGUGCUACAACUUUAGAGAACAGAGGCCGCAUUAUUUUAUUGUCUCAUGCUAAAAGUUUAUUGCCAGUGUCUUACUGCGAGCUUGUGGUACUGCACUCAUACCCUGUGGAAGGCACAUGCACAAUCACAGAUAAGCUAAAGCACAACAUAUCACAACUUCUCACAUGCCAAGUAGUCACAACUGAGUCAGGAAAGAAGCAGUAUGACAGGAUGCUUCAAAUGGCUUAUGUUCAUUAUUGCCUAGCCUCCACUACAGUUACUGGAAUACCUAUGAAGGAAGAGCAAAAUGCCAGCUCUUCAGCAAAUUAUGAUGUAGAGCUCCUU